AUGAGAACCCAGCUCAGAGAGUACCUCGGAUGGAGUUCCUGUGCAGCUAUAGCCGCACAGUACAAUUUGAAUCUUAUAUCUUCAUUUCCAGCCAAGCCCGAGUUCUUUAUAUUGAUUGUGUGGGCAGACGCAAUCAUAAAGGCCACAAAAUACUACGCUCUAAGUUCAAAUAGUUACUAUUAUAAAAUAGAUAUCGCGCAGGUGUGCCAAUUCUCUAUAUUCUAUAUAAAGGCUUCCAGUACCCGGGUAGCUGUGAUGAAUAUGAUAUAUUUUGUAGAUGGUGACCCAGUGCUCUACAAGGCAUUCGAUCUAGUAUGCUAUAGUAAGGAGAUACACAGUACGGAUACGCAUACGCGUAUUGAAGAGUAUCUAGCUGCAUGGUUACUAUAUGUGGUAGGAGGUAGGUGCCCUAGAGUAGACGACUAG